UGUGUAGACGCGACAGGAACCAAAAGCCCUCUCUUGGUGGAAGACCGUGUGCGAGUGACAGCUCGUCUCCUCCGCUCUUACCUUACUCACUCAACGCAAGUACCAUGGAGGAAUCAAGUAGUUGACGUUUCCUGCUGCAACCUUCUCUUUUUAAGCUUUCUUCCCGUCUGAUCACUGUGCUCCUGACCCGGUUUUAUUGACGUUUUGAACUCUCGGCUACUCACGGAAACAUGAAGUACAUCAUCGGAAUCGGCGGUGUGACCAAUGGAGGGAAAACCACCCUCACCAACAGGCUGAUCAAGAACCUGCCCAACUGUUGUGUAGUGCAUCAGGAUGACUUCUUCAAGCCCCAAGAUCAGAUUGAAGUUGAUGAAGAUGGCUUUAAGCAGUACGAUGUCAUCUCUGCUCUGGACAUGGAGGCCAUGAUGAGUACCAUCUACGCAUGGUUGGAGAACCCGGUGAAGUUUGAGAAGUCUCAUGGCGUUAAUAACACCCUGGAUUCUGAGAUCGUGCCAAAGUCUGACUGCAAGGAGGAUGAGGAGACUCACAUCCUUAUUGUGGAGGGCUUCUUGCUUUACACCUAUGGACCUUUGAUCGACGUGCUGAACCAACGCUACUUUAUUUCCAUCCCAUAUGAAGAAUGCAAAAAGAGGAGGUGCUCAAGGAACUAUACUUGGCCAGACCCCCCCGGCCUCUUUGAUGGCCACGUCUGGCCCAUGUAUCUGAAACACAAGAACAUCAUGGAGGCAUCAGGUGUUGAUGUUGUGCAACUGGAUGGAACCAAGUCAAGGGAGGAGCUGUUCAACUUUGUCUAUGGCAACAUCCUGAACAACAUCCAGAACUCUCUCUAACAAAGAUCAUCUGAUUGGCUAAAAGGAUCGUAUACUCAAUCUGCAAGCUGAAGACCGCCUUGCCUUAAGUUUC